UGUCUUUUCCAAACCAGACAAAAGAGAAGACGGAGACCAGCACCACACAUCGGAGCACCUUGGAGAUAACACACAUAAACACACACACAUAAACACACACACACACAUAAACACACACACUCCGAACACAACCGAACCUUUAUUGUCCAGGAGUCAGACGCCGGGGUCCGCUCUCACGAAGCGUUACGAUGAUGUCAUACCUGUGGAUUCUGGUCCUGGGAAGCUUGUUGACCGGAUGUGCAAAAACACAAGAUGAGGAGGCUACGAUAGAAGACCCAACAGCCCCGGCAACCUUAAUGCCUGAUGUAGAGGAGCAAGCGGAAUCAGAAACUGAUGGCGCCUCAGAAGCUAUAGAAGAGAUACCUGAGCCGACUGAAGCUGCAGCCCAUGAGCAAGUCACUCCUGCUGAGGAAGAAGCAGAACCGGAGGUCCCUUCAGAGGCAGACCCAGAACCAGAACCAGCAGUUCCUGCUGAGGCGGAGCCAGAACUAGAAGCAGAAGCCGAACCAGAAGCUGCUGCAGAAGAUGAACCGGAAUCCCCCGCAGGAGGAGAAGCUGAAACAGCCGCAGAAAGAGAAGAAGAACUAGAAGCUCCUACAGAAGAAACAGAAGAAGGUCCCGCUGCUACAACAACACAUGGACCUGCAGCUGAUCCAGAAGUGAAAGAUCCGGAAUCUGAGCCCCACGUUCCCAAUAUGGAUGAGCAACCUUCAGCCACCACGGAUGCACCACCAGCACACGAGGAGGGUGGAUCUGAAGUGGAGGCCACAGCAGGAACCGAUACAGACGUGCAGCACGAAAAGGAUGAGUCGGCUGAUGUGGCUCUGGAGGAAGAGGAGGUGGCGAACGUCAACACAGAAUUAGAGGUCCCGACAGUCAAAGCGGCACCUCCUGCUCCGGAAGUUCACUCAGAUGGAGGAUUUAACUUGGAGGAUGCGCUCUCCGAAGGCGACGCACGGGACACGCCCCCGCAACCAGGGCGGAGCCGUAGCGCAGGAUCAGGGGCGCAUGUUGCUGAAGCCACAGGAGAAGAUUCUGAAGAGGAAGUGGAAGAAACCAGCUCAGGUUCCUUGGCUGCAAUCUUGUGUGCACUGGGCGUGGCCAUUGUGGGAGCAGCCACUGGAUAUUACACCUACCAGAAGAAGAAACUAUGCUUCAAGAACAUGCAGGAAGAGGAUCCAGAGGCUGCACGCAAAGCCGACGAUGGGGAGGCUCGAUCAGAUCCUCAGGUCCUUAACAGCCUACUGAACUCGUCAUAGAGCAUCCACGAUCAUGUGACUGGACCUGGACCAACCACAGCUAAGCAAAGUGGUGAUCUCACUGUAGGCUCUGUCCACUGUGGAGCUGCCCCAAAGUGGGGCUGUGUGUGUGUGUGUGCGUGUGUGUGUGGGUGUGGGUGUGUUUGGGGGUAAAAGAGCAAAGUAACAACAAUCGGCCAGCAGUUUACCUAAAUAUUAUUAUAAAAAUGAUUGAAUGAUACAUUUUUGCCUUCCAUCUAUUUGUAGGAAUUCAGUGUGAACUUUAAAAAAAAAAAAAGAUGUCUUUUUUUAAUGUAUUAUAUCUAUAUACGUAUACGACAGGGUUUAACCGUUUCCAAACCAGCCACUCUAUCCAAGCAACUUCAAACUUAAUUAUUUGAGCAAUCAAACCGAAACAACAUCACAAGUUGACUGGCAUCUGUAAAGCACCAAGAACUGAGCGCAUCACAAGAAGUUAGCAUCUGUAUUCCGACAAAAAGCAAUAGAUUGUAGCGUCCUGUGGGUGCAGCAGCUCGAGACAAAUAAAGAACACCAUCAUUUUCAAACCUAAUUUCAGUUAUGUUUCCAAGCAAAAUAAAGACUUUCUUUUUAGUUCCUGUGGUGAAAAAGUCAACAGUCUGAGUUUUGGGUCUGAUGCCCUGGGGGGGUGUACCGCAGAGCCAGUUUAGUGGGUUAGUAAUGUCUGUUGACUCUAAAUCCAGGCUUGUCUGUAUGAUGGCGCUAUCGCUCUUUUAAAGCGGCGUAUCGCCAUGGUAACUAUGGCUAAACUCAACCAGAUAAUGUCCGGAUUUCCAUCUUUAAAUUGGCUAUGAAAGCACUGCUGUUUUCGUUAUGUACAGUAAAGCAUGUACACAGAACUCCGUGGACGUGGGGGGCAAGAAUUAUUCGAGCAGCACAAUGACGGGUGCGACCAGAUUAAUGAAUAUGUUAAUUAUUAAUAUAAUAUUAAGUACAAAUAAUAUUAAUUAGGCCAAUGUUAGCCAAUGUCUGUGUCACAGUAUUCCUCGCAUGAGUACUCAGCCCGUUUUUCUUUCAUUCAUUCAUUCAUUUUCUACCGCUGGAGCCUAUCCCAGCUGUCUUUUGAGGCAAGAGACACACUGGACUGGUGGCCAGCCAAUCACAGGGCACAUAUAGACAAACAACCAUUCACACUCACAUUCAUACCUAUGGACAAUUUGGAGUCGCUAAUUAACCUAGCAUGUUUUUGGAAUGUGGGAGGAAACCGGAGUACCCGGAGAAAACCCACGCAUGCACGGGGAGAACAUGCAAACAGAGAUGGCCGAGGGUGGAAUUGAACCCUGGUCUCCUAGCUGUGAGGUCUGCGCACUAACCACUCGACCACUGUGCCGCCCGAUUAGAGAAUAUGUGAAUUAUUAAUAUAAUAUUAAGUACAAAUAAUAUUAAUUAGGCCAAUGUUAGCCAAUGUCUGUGUCACAGUAUUCCUUGCAUGAGUACUCGGCCCGUUUUUUUUUUAUUCAUUCAUUCAUUUUCUACCGCUUUUUCCUCACGAGGGUCGCGGGGGGUGCUGGAGCCUAUCCCAGCUGUCUUUUGGGGCGAGAGACGGGGCUGUUAAGUUGAGGUUUGAAUAUGUCAAAAGUUUCACCGUGUUGAGCAUAUGACGUCAAAGAACCGGUUUUAUGUAAACGUGCCCUCAGCGCAAAACUGUGAAUCGGAAUUUGGCAACGUAAGCACCGUCGUAGUCAUGUUUAAGUUUGGGGAAUUUUUUGUUGAGCUGCAAGGUACACAAACCCCGGGUUUGUUGAGCCACUUUUGCAGUACAUGCCGCUGGGUUUACUUUACUUUUAGGGUCCACUAAUGUACUUUUAGCAGUAAAUACAACAGUUUAGCAGUUUCCAACCCCUUUCAUUAUUGGAAUAAUAGGAAUUCGGUGCCUUCCCAAGACCCAAACUUACUAAAAUUAAUUAUAAUUUUUUUUUAAAUGCAGUGUUUUGCCACAUAAUCUACAUAAACGACUGUUCAAGAGCACAACAAACAUUCAUUAGUUCCAACAACAAACCUUUUUGACAAUCAAUAAGACAGCUUAUUAACAAAUUUGAACAAAAGUAUUGGGACACAAUACAAUCGCAUGCUCUCAUUGGUCGUUCCGUGAAGCCGUGAUCGGAUACAUUACAACGUAUCAAACCUUUGUGGAUGAACUUAAAUGAUGAACAAAAGGCUGCCUGGAGCAUGGUGUAAACGUAGUAGCCUUGUGUCCGAAUACUUUUGCUCACAUGGUUCUAUUUUAGGAGUCCAAAUACAGUUUUUGCCAACAUGUCACUGUGACAUUUUGUAAGUAAGUUUAAUAUAAAAACAAAAAAUAUAGUUGUUUCUUUUACAUUUUUAUUAUUAUUAUUUUUUUUUACUUGUCAUGAGAUGAGCAUGCCAUGAAAGCUCACUUAGCGUGUUUGGCAUGUUGUGAUGUGUGUUGACGUCCGUGUGAUUGUGAUGCAGUCAUUAGUUCAUGAGAGUGCCUUUCGCUGUCCCAGCCUGGCUUGUUCGAUGUAAACACACAAUAAAUGAACAUCGAGCACACAAUAAAUGAACAUCGAGCACACAAUAAAUGAACAUCAAGCACACAUAGAAACUAACAGUAAGUCAUACUUUAGUGUCAUGCGGUAGAUUCAUGCUUUAGUGCUGCAGUUUUUUAAAGUGUGAGACACUGCAGCUUGAGAAAAAUGAAGAAAAACACUUUUUUUUUUUUUACACCAGUCUGAAAAAAAAACAACCCCUGGAAAUAUUCAUUCAUUCAUUUUCUACCGCUUUUUCCUCACGAGGGUCGCGGGGGUGCUGGAGCCUAUCCCAGCUGUCUUCGGGCGAGAGGCGGGGUACACCCUGGACUGGUCGCCAGCCAAUCACAGGGCACAUAUAGACAAACAACCAUUCACACUCACAUUCAUACCUAUGGACAAUUUGGAGUGGCCAAUUAACCUAGCAUGUUUUUGGAAUGUGGGAGGAAACCGGAGUACCCGGAGAAAACCCACGCAUGCACGGGGAGAACAUGCAAACUCCACACAGAGAUGGCCGAGGGCGGGGACCGAACCCUGGUCUCCUAGCUGUGAGGUCUGCGCACUAACCACCAGACCGCCGUGCCGCCCCCCUGGAAAUAUAAACCUGAAAAUGAAUAAACAAAGGCAUGUGUUUUGUGCUGCAGUUUUGUAAAGCGUGAGACACUGCAGCUUGAGAAAAAUGAAGAAAAACACUUUUUUUUUUUAACACCAGUCUGAAAAAAAAAAAACAACUCCUGGAAAUAUAAACCUGAAAAUGAAUAAACAAACGCGUGUGUUUAGUGCUGCAGUUUUUAAAGUGAGAGACACUGCAGCUUGAGAAAAAUGAAGAAAAACACUUUUAAGGUAAUAAGGGACAAUUUUCGGGAAAAUGUUUUUUGAAUGAUUUGUUCAAGGAUAUAUGCUUCUUUAAAAAAAACAACAACACAAAGCAGCUUCCUGUUUAACAUGAAAAGGCAGAAUUACAUUUUAAACAUUCAUUCAUUCAUUCAUUUUCUACUGCUUAUCCUCACGAGUGUCGCGGUGGGUGCUGGAGCCUAUCCCAGCUGUCUUUGGGGGUACACCCUGGACUGGUGGCCAGCCAAUCACAGCUUUUUUUACCUACUUUAUCGUGUCAUGUUCUGACUACAUGGACUGUUAAGGUAAUUUGAUGAAAACUGAGUAGAAGAAGAAGGACAAAGCAAGAAGCCUAAAACAUACCACUUCCACACGAAAUGGGAGGAUAACUUUUUUCCCUACUUUAUUAAGACUAUUAAGGUAAUGUAAUGUAAGGCAAUGUCACAUUAAUGUAACAUUACUGAUGCUUAGUGACCGGAAUACUACAUAUGACUUGAGCCUAUCCCAGCUCUCUUCGGGUACACCCUGGACUAGUGGCCAGCCAAUCACAGGGCACAUAUAGACAAACAACCAUUCACACUCACAUUCAUACCUAUGGACAAUUUGGAGUCGCUAAUUAACCUAGCAUGUUUUUGGAAUGUUGGAGGAAAGCGGAGUACCCGGAGAUGACCGAGGUUGGGAUUGAACUAGCUGUGAGUUCUGCACGCUAACCACUAGACCGCCGUGCAGCCCCCACAUUUUCAAAAUUUUCCCGAAAAUUGUCCCUUAUUACCCCGCCGUCCCUUAUAAUUUAUAUUUUAGGGUAACAACAAUAGCUAUAAGAGUGUGUAAUAGCGCACACUUUAAAAAGCCCCGCAUUGGCAGAUGCAGGUGUACCUAAUAUUGUGGCCUGUGAGAGCACCAAUAUUGUUGUUGAUGCAAUUGAUUACACCUUUUAACUUUUUACAGUCAUCAAUGUGUGCCUCUUUAUUGGAACAAGCCAGCUGCUGUUUCUUGUCUUUGCUAAAAUAAUAUCAAUUUGUAAUUUUUUUGGAUAUGUAUACUGUAUAUGUGUAUGUAUGUGUGUGUGUUUGAUUCCUGUACAUUCUCUAUAAUGAUUGUCCUUGAAUAACUUGUGAUUGUUAUUGUAAGAAAACCUGCUUCAGAUGCGUAUCACAAAAAAAAAAAAUGGCGGAUCAACAUUUUUUUUUCUCCUGUACUGUAGCACCAAAUAUUAACAUCCGAAUGUCUUAUUUUUUUCUCUUGCCUUACACUUCCGCUGUGUUCCCUUUAAAGCUGCUUAAUAGUGACUGAAGGAGUUCACGUAACGUGCUGUUCUUGAUUAAGCCGCAAACCUGACAGGGGCUGCUGCCCGCCAUUAUUAUGAAUGAGUGACAUGAGAAGAACUGUAAAAAAAAAACAAAAAAAAAACAUGCAGUUUUCAUGUCGCCGUUUGUUCUGAACUCCUGCUUCCAUGCCAGUGUCGUAUCCAGUAGAUCAAUACUGUGAAUGUAGCUUGUCGUCCCAUGGGUGGCAUCAUGUUGUGUUUAUUUCCACAGCCAACGACUUGAGAGCGAAUCAAUAAUCAUCCUAAUUCUUAAUAAUCAGUUCAAGGAUUAUUCCUCUCUGUAUUCCUGAUUAUUAAUGCAGCAAGAACAAAGAUUGUAAACGCGGGCUGUCUGUAUACUAAAUGACUGUGUUCAGCAGCGUAUGCUUAUGUCAAUCAAUUUUCUCACGCCACGUUGGUAACGUUGUAAAAUGCAAAAAAAAAAAAAAUGACAGCAGAUGACAAAAUGACACAUUCGACAUGUCAGGUAUUUAUAGAGAGAACAUUGUUGUUAGCAGUGUGACUGAUUGAUGGGGACAGCUCAAUAAAGUCCUUCAAAGUGA